AUGUUUUGCACGGAACACAAUUCUACGCGAUCACGAGUUUUUCAAACGAUUACUUCACUUGGUGAUCCUGUAUACGGUAUCUGGAAUACAACUGCUGGAUCAGAUUCAGUAAAUGCUACUGUCGGUACAUUGACGGGACAGUAUCCAAGUAGCGAAUCACCGCCGAAUGCUAUUGAUAAUAACGUAGGGACAAAAUACACAAGUUUCGGCAAUGGUAGUAUUUCAGUAUACAGUAGUACAAAAGGUGUCGGAACUGGAUUCUACAUAACACCAGCAGUCGGAUCAUCGGUAGCUACUGGAAUUUUAUUUGCAACAGCUAACGAUAAUCCACCUCGAGAUCCAAUCACUAUAACAAUGGAAGGUAGUAAUGCAAACACUAACGUGUUACUGCAAAAAGGAACGAGUUGGACGUUGUUAUAUAACGGACCAACUGGUAUUUUGCAGACUAUGGAUCCUGGUCGAAAUACUUUCGUUCAGCAACAGAAUUUUACAAAUACAAAUGCUUAUACAAGUUAUCGAAUCUUAGUUACAUCUCAGCGUGGUAGUGGUGUUUGUACACAAUACAGUGAAGCACAAAUUAUAGGAUUUGUCUAA